CAAAAUGAACUUUGCUAGUUUUGGAAUAAUACUGGCGUUAUUGCCUUCUGUUUUUGCAUUAAGAUGUCUGAAGUGUAACCAGGCAAAUACAGUGAACCUUUGUGCCGAUAUUGCGACUUGUGAUGAUAUCACUGAGGAAUGUUAUCUAGAGAAAGUGACGACUGCGAAUUUACAACUUGUAUUUAAUGGUGGUUGUAGGUCUAAGCAGGUGUGUACGCUAUUACAAUCUCUUGGCAUUGGAAAGAAGCGAGCGACCAGUUGCAGCAAGUGUUGUGGUGCAGACACAUGUAAUGCUAAUCUGUGUCAGGAAAAUCUGGCACCUGCUGAUCACUGUUGUAAUCAACAGGGUCUUACUGAUUUUUCGAGUUGCACACAUUUUCUACAAUGUCAGGAUGACGAGGCGUGUAGCUUGAAAACCUUCAUCAGGAAUCGAAAUGUAGUGCACGAUCUCGGAUGUGAGAAACGAGUAGCAUGCUUGAAAGGGGGCGAUAGUUACAAUUUUGGAGAAGUAAUCGUGCCACCUCAAACCAAGAAAGAUCAACUGCCUGAUGAUAUGUUGUUGUGCCAGGCUUGUUGUAGAGGGGAUCAAUGUAACAUCCAGUAUACAACGUGUACCGCUAUGCUUCAUAGCAUGGUACCUUCGAACUUUACAAGAUAAAACAGCAUUUCUUAAUGACUUCAUUUAUACAAUAAAGUUUUGUUAAUGUG